CGCCGCCGCCACCGCCGGAAGGAGAAAAAAAAUGGGUGCCGAUGGGGAAGAAGCGUCGCGGAUAGUCGUGCCAAUGGCGGUGGAGGGGACCUCGGAGCAGCUGGCGUUCGUGGAGGAGUCGAAGCUGCAGAAGCGCAAGGAGAACGCGGACUGGGCCGUCAGGAACCGGGAGCGCAGGGCGGUAAAGCGCCAGCGCAUCCGCGACGAGCACAAGGUCACCGUAAGGCGGCCCGAGGACUUCGUUGCGGCGUUCCGGAACAAGGAACGCGACUUCCUGCGGAUGAGGACCCGCCUCAAGGUCCGCAAGCAGCCGCCCGCCGAGGCGCUCAGCUCCAAGCUCGUCUUCGCAAUUCGCAUCCCUGGCUCCGUGGACUUGCAUCCGCACAUCAGGAAGGUCUUGAGGAAGCUACGGCUGACGACGGUCCUCACCGGCGUAUUCCUCAGGGCCACCGAGCUGACGCUGAAGAGGCUUCUUGUGGUCGAACCCUUUGUCACCUACGGGUUUCCAAACUUGAAGAACGUGAAAGAGCUUAUUUACAAGAAGGGCCGUGGGUUUUUCGACAAGGAGCCUUUCCCUCUUACCAGUAACGAUCUAAUUGAGAAGGCUCUUGGAGAUCACGGCAUCAUAUGCUUGGAAGACGUUGUGCACGAGAUCGCCACGGUUGGGCCGCACUUCCGAGAAGCAUCGAGGUUCCUCAUGCCCUUCAGGCUCAAGUGUCCGGAGAGGAGGCUGCAGAUGAAGAGGAAACCCUACAAGGAUGGCGGCGACUCGGGCGACCGUGGCGACAAGAUCAACGAACUAAUCGAGAAGCUGAACUAGAAGCGCAGACCUUGCCUCCUCCGGCUGUCGUUUUGCGUUGGAGCGAUGGAUCUGUUAUUACCUUGUCGGUUUUGUAAUAGCAUUAGCUGGGUGUACCUUCGGCUUUGAAACCUUACCUGCGCUUGUGCGAUCAGGUCAUGAAAUAGCAGGCGCUUCUUUGGUCAUCCCCUUGCGUUCUGCUCCACAUGCCUCUUCGGUUGGUGCGACAAUAUAUCAGCUGUGUUAUGAAUGAUGUAGCGUGCUAGUAUAGUGCAGACGCUUAUAAUGUAUGCACACUUGCAACUGUGAACGGACAUAUAUGC